GUCGCAUCACACCUUCAUUCACAAACCAUCAAAGUGACGAUAGAGGAGACAUUGCUGUCCAGGAUCAUACAGAAACCAAAACUGUUCUAGAGAAUCGCACAUCAAAAUAAGACUGAUCAUUUCUGCACCGGGAAGUUACUAUUCUUCACUUUGAGUUGUUGGACAUGCCACCUCAAAUGGAUUAUUAUUGUGAAGAAUCCCGCGUCCCGUCUUCAUGCGGACUGAUGAGCCAAGAGUCCGGGUUGGAGAGGGAGCCAGCGGCUAUCAGCUGUAUGCUGGUGGGGGACGGGGCGGUGGGCAAGACAAGCAUGAUAGUCAGUUAUACCACAAAUGGAUACCCCACGGAAUACAAACAGACCGGCUUUGAUGUCUUUUGUGGUCAAGUCCAAGUAGAAGGAGCCCCGGUUAGAAUACAACUAUUGGACACAGCUGGACAGGAGGUGUGUGAUGAAUUCCGCUCCCUCUCCUACUCCCACACGGACGUCUUCCUGCUCUGCUUCAGUGUGGUCAACCCCACCUCCUUCCACAAUGUCACCAAAAAGUGGAUCCCCGAGAUCCGAGCCUGCAACCCCUCAGCUCCCAUCAUCCUCGUGGGCACCCAGUCCGACCUCCUGCUGGACGUCAACGUCCUGAUCAACCUGGACCGUUGCCGGGUCAAACCGGUGCUGACCAAUCGGGCGCAGAGCAUGGCGGUGAAGAUCAGAGCGGUGGACUAUGUGGAGUGUUCUUCGUUGACACAGAAGAACUUAAAAGAGGCGUUCGACGCGGCCAUCUUUGCUGCCAUCAAACACAAGGCCAGGAAGGAGAAGAAGAGGCGGUUGUCGGACAGACGCAGCAAGGCCUUCUCUAAAUGCAGCUGGAAGAAGUUCUUCUGUUUUAUCUGAGAUACAGACCCCAUUGGUCACAGACAGAAAGACUAUUAUUUAUUAACUUAUGAAGAAUUUGUAAGAGCAAUGGAACUUUAGGAUUAUCCAGCAGUGCUGAAUGAACUGAGCUCUAUGGACCUAUAAAACGGUUUAGUUCUCUCCUGGUCUGGAGACAGUAGUAUAGAUACCGAGGCUCGCUUUGCCAAUAGUCUGUGGUUGGGUGUCUGGUCUGCUCUGAGCAGGCUCUCUCUCUCUCCUUAACUCUUUCUCUGUGGAUUGAGUUUGCUUUGAUUAGUGAUUUACAUUGAUCAGAACAAAAGCAGGGUACAUUAGCAUGUCUGAUUAUUCAGGUUGACAGAUAGUCACUAUCCAAAAGUCUGUUAAGUAUGCCUACAAGGUUUUAGGUAACCAAGUGAGAAGCGAAAUAAUAGAGAGAAUAUUAAAACCAUGUACAUCACAAGCAUCCUGUCAGUGGGACAAGGCCGUCAUGUAAAUGUUAUGAACUCAUUUGCAUGGUCUGGAUUGGUGCCCAUUCCAACCUGAGAUUUUACUCCCCUUGACUGUACCGUACGGUAGUACCGUGUAGCUCAGUUGGUAGAGCGUGGGGCUUGCACCGCCAGGGUUGUGGGUUGGAUUCCCAUGGGGGACCAGUGGGGUGUGAGUGGGUUGAGAGAGAGAGAGAGAGAAGACGGUUGUUAGCCUUUUCUCCUUUGUGUUCUGUGCUGCCGAGCCACACAGACCCAGACCUAUUCAUAUGCAACAGUGUAUGUAGGCUGAAGUCACAGCGCUAGGCUAGGUGCUAACUUCUUCACUGUGUAUGUAGGCUGGAGUCACAGCGCUAGGCUAGGUGCUAACUUCUUCACUGUGUGUGAACU